AUGCACAGGGUGAGCAUGGUUUGGGCUUAUGCUAUAGCAUGUGUGUGUCUGUGUGUGCAAAUUAACUGGGCUAAUGUCAUGCAUGCGCUGGAUGAAAGGACCUGUGUGUGGGUUUAGGAGCCACUCAGGUGAGACCACACCGGCUCAGUGGGCACUUGUUUCCUCUGCACACACACACAAGCACAUGCACAGACACACACGCGCGCGCACACACACCUCACAGCCACUGUGUGUAUAAUCCCUGAAAUCAAAUCGCUGUUAACCUUAGAGGUCAAACUACAAAGGCUCUGGCCCUAUAUCUUCUGUAUUAUGUGAUUAACACUCCAAGUACACCAGUCAACUCCACUUCCAUUCCAGUCCAUUCAGGUAGCAUGGCGAAAUCACCAUAGGGAAGUGAUGCCAAACUUUAGUCCCCCAACCCUAGCAGGCUUUUGUUCCAGCCCAGUACUACCUGUCGUACUACUACCCUGAUAACCCUCAAAUUAGUCAAUGUGUUCAUCACCCUCUCUAACCUCUUUACCCUACCUCUUCACUUCCCUCCUCCUGUUCUUCCUCUCUUUCCCUCCUCACCCUCUCUCCCCUCUUCCCCCCUCUCCACCUCAGCAGUUAAAGUUCCUGAGAGCACAAAGCCUGACUCAGUCUUACUAGAGAGAGAGAGAUGGGGGGGGGGGGGGGUGUAAGAGACUGACAGCCCAGGGUGGUAUGUUUACAUCCCCUGUUCCCCCCCUCUCUCCUGAGGGUGUUGGACUGACCCUGCCCCUGACCUGACUGACGGCCUGCUUCCUGUCGUACGGGUCGCUCAACUAUGGACCCCUGGAGGGGUAGCAAGAGGGGGAAGGGAGAGGCCACUAGGGCUAUAGAAAGGGGGUGUCGGUUUUUCGAGCUGGCGUUUUGUCAGGGUGAUUGACACUCACGGACUGAAUGGAAAAAUACUCAUUCGUGAUGACAAGAUGGUGUGCAGGAACUAGUGGUGAUUGUGUACGCUGUUCCUCCCUCAUUUUCUCCCUCUUUCAUGUUGUCUUUAUCUCUCUCUCUCCCUCUUUCUUUCAAUUCAAUAAAAAAAACAUAUUGAUAUGGAAAGUAAGAGCACUUACAUUGUCAAAGCAAACAUAAAACAAGGAUGGUUGAGUAAGACAAAAAUAUUUCUCUCUUCUCCCUGUUAUCUCUCUCUCUCUUUUCCCUCUCUCUCUCUCCCCAACUCUUCCCGUCUUCCCCCCUUUCUCCUUCCCCCUCUUUCCAGUAAGUUCACCAUGUUUUCGUGGACAGGUCAGCAUGUCUAUGUCUUCAACCCACAUCUUCCCUGCCUUUAUAUGGUAUUUUUUACUGGGUGAGAAGCCCUGAUUUACACAGGGAGGCCCAUUGAGUAAGGCUAUGGGUUGUUAGGGAGUUAGUUUGUGUUCAGCUGCACUGUGGAAACCCCCCCCCCCCCCCUUCCUUCCAUCAGAUGUUUCACUUCAGUUUCACAGCAGGCUCCCACAGCGAGUCUAACAAGUGUGUGUGUGCGUGCAUAUGUUUUUUUUUUUUUGGGGGGGGGCAUCAAAAUAUGUUUGAGUUUUUCAGUCAGUUUGUGGGUUUUCAAUUUGUGUGUGUGUGUGUGUGUGUGGGGGGGGGGGUUCAUUCGAAGUGUACAAUUUGUGUGUGUGCAGGUGUGCUUUGUCAGUGUCAGCUUGUGUGCCCACACACACAGACGUCUCAGCGUUAUUCCCAGAGUCCUCCUCUCUUUCUCCUCUGAAUUACUGUAAAUAUGGAACAUUCUCUUCCACAUGACCAGCAGGCUUUUCUGCCUUCUCAGCUGGUCGAAUCACGCCCAAUGUUAUGAGCCAGCAGAUUGUGUGUAGUGUGUAACUCUGUACACCUCUAUAGCACAGGAGGCUGCUGAGGGGAGGACAUCUCAUAAUAAUGGUUGUAAUGGAGAGAAUGGAAUGGUAUCAAACACAUGGUCACCAUGUGUUUAAUGUGUUCGAUACCAUUACAUUUUUUUCCGUUCCAGACAUUACUAUGAGCUCGUCCUCCCCAUUUAAGGUGCCACCACUGUCUCUUAUUUGCCAUCUCACUCUCUGUCCCCCUUUCUCUCCUUCUGUCUGUAAUAUAUUUGGUUCUUCACAGGCUGUUGUUUUGACAGCUUUAACCUCCUCAAAAGCCGAUGCUGUUCCCAUCCUUCACCAGCCAUUUGUUGAGAUUUGGCUGUCAGUGUGUGUGUGUGCGCGCGCGCGUGCAUGUGCAGAACAUCGAAAUACAGUCUAACCCUGAUUCUAUGUCUCUCUUUGUGUUCCAGAGCAGUCUACAGUGUACUCCAUGGGGUCUGAUGGCAUCUCUGGAACAGCAGGUUGGGGAGCUGAGGGUGGAUACAGAGGAUAAUGCAGUGGAGGCCUCUACUGAGCUGGUGGACAGUCGGCCCAGCUCAGGUAACACAACACUACACAAAUUGGACCCUUACGUAGGGUUGCAAAAUUCUCAGGUUUUCCAGAUAUUCAGGUUGGAAGAUUCCUGGAAUCAGCAGGCAAUAAGCAGAAAAUAUGGGAAUCCUCCAACUAGGAUUUCUGGAGAAAAAAAUGUUAGGGAGGGGGAGUUACCAGAAUUUUGCAACCUUACCCUUAAGCCAUUGGUUCAAUCGAUCAUAUUUCUGAUACACACAACGUAGCUAUAGUCGGUAGUAUGCCUGUUUGGUGUGGGAGAAAGCAGUGUUGUACUACUCGAGUCCAGGACUCGGACUCAAGUCACGAUUUUCAUGACUCGUGACUCGACCAGUUGUGACUAGGACUUGGACUCAAUCAGUCAUGACUUUGCAGUCAUAAAGUCUUUCUCCCUUGCAUAAUUCAACAUGCUAGAUACAACAGCAAAUCUUAGAUAGCCACUGUACUAGCUGCUAGCCUUAUCAGCUAGCUAGCGUUCUACAUGACAAAAUAUAGCUUCAAAUAUUUUUUGACCUCAUCCUAGGGAACCGUGACUCAACUCGGGACUCAAGUCAAGGGCUUGAGCCUUCUCUAGUUCCAUGCCUUUAUGAUGUAGUUCCAUCAGAGAGAGUUGUCACCAAGCCCCAUUUAUUUUCUCUCCUUGGCUCAGAGGCUGACAUCAUUAUAUGAGGUGGUUUGGUAGCCUGGCAGGAACAAUAGCAGGCAGACACAUCGGCUCCAUUUUAGAAUGGUUAACUUAAAUGACCCCACAUUAGGCCCAUUACUGCUCCAUACAGAUGUAGGAUCUUAAUUUGAUCACUCUUUUGUUGCAGAGAAUUUUCCUGCACAGCAGGAAAUGCAAACUUGUAGUGUAUUUGAGAUUCAAAAAGGUUUCUAAAGUUUGUCAUUUCCGCUUUGAAAUUUCAGACUUCAUUUGCCCUAACGAAAAAUGUAUCAACCCCUACAAAAAUGUCCAUGAAAUAUAAUCCAUAAUAAUUAAUAUUUCCUGUUGCUGUAGGAUUAUUUUCCUGCUGUAGCAAACUGGCUCAAAUUCAGAUCCUACAUCUGUAUAGCUAUCUCACCCCUAUCUCACCUCACUCUUACUGUAUUGUACUGUAUAUUUCACGCUCGUCUUUUUGGAGAGGGAGCCAAAGUUGUGUGUGAUAUAGAGGGAUUUGUCAAGGGCUGCGUAGCUCGUGUACUUUAUGAAUCAGUGCAGGAAACGGUUCCAAAACCCACAUUAAAUUGAUAAAUGCAUUCGGUUUUCAGAGGAGUGUUUUUGCUAAGAGUUGAAAACUACUUGGCUUGGAGAGCUGUGAGCCGUCCAAUGAAAAUGUACUUUCGGCUCCCCGAAGAUGCCAGGAGUUUUAAAUCCAUGGCUAAUGCUGUGCCAAUUACCUCAAAAUAUAGAGAUUGAGGGUGGCACGUUGAAAAACGCUUUGAGAAACCUUCACAGGUUAAAAAAAGGAAACCUUGAGAGGCAUCAAAUGCCUUCAGGAAUGACUAAAUGACUAACAUGCCAUUCGCUUUCAACAUGAAAAACAACACAGUAUAUCUCCCUUAGAAAAAUACUAAAUGAACUGGAAAAACACUAGACUCUCCUACAUUCCAAGCUAGGCUAGUAAAGCUAUGCUACCAGUCCUCUCUUCAUAACUGAAUGUUCCUCAGCUAUAGUCACAUGAAAGAGAUGCUGUGUAAGUCUUUUGAGAGUGGUUACUCUUUCGAGCCAAUGCUCUUUUGUAGUUAUUUUCAAGACCCAAACUGACUUACUUGCUUACUAUACUUUUUAUUAUUUCACAGUAACAUAACCUUUUAUGAUCUCAGAGUAACAGAAAAACCACAAAAUGCACCGACCUAAAAUGACUCUUGGUGGCAGGCAGAGAAAGACCAUAACAAAUGAAAAAGGAAAAGCUCACUACUAGACUAAAGAGAUUACAAUGAAAUAAAGAGUGAGAGGCAGUGGCGGCUCCUGAAAAAAUUCUCAGGGGGGGCAAUUUUUCUGAUGAUUUAGGUGACCUACACACAUUUUUAAAAAUAUAUGUCCAGCAACAACAUGAAGACAGGGGCAGCAUAUAAGUCAAUACUGAUAUACACAUUACUUGCUUCAAAAAGGCCUCAUGGUUGAAUUGGAAAUAUGUGCACCUGAGCAUAAUUCACAACAAGCAAGCAGGAGCUUUUGAUAGAGGCUACUGAAAACAUUGAUGCAAGUUAUUGGUAAUAAUAAAUUUUUAUAGACUUCCAUAUUCUGCCCUCUUGUAUAUAUUUGUGAAAAUGAACAGUGAUAGACAUUUUGCCUGAAAACAGAAUUUGAAAAUAAUUUCUAGAAAAGGUAAACACAGCUAUCUGUAUGGCUUUGUAAAAAUGAACAACCAUAUUCUGGCCAAUUGUAUAGAUUUGUAAAUAUGAACAACCAUAUUCUGGCCAAUUGUAUAGAUUUGUAAAAAUGAACAUGAACAGAUUUUUUUUUUUUUUUAAACUUUUUCUUUAAUGAAAAAUAACUAUUUUAAACAACAUCAACUGUGAACUGAUUUGGGCGUGUGUGUGUUAAAGAGACAGACAGGGAGGGACAAAGAGAGAGAGAGGCUACAUUACUUGUACUGAAACUGUUCUCUUCUCUCUUUCAAUGCAGCAAAGCAGUCAAUGACUUUCUCAUUGAAAUCAGGCAUGCUGAGGACUAGUUUACUAGAUACUUUUUUGAUGCGAGAAGUAGCUUGCUGCAUGAUCAAAUUCAGCUGAUGCGCAUAGCAAUGCACGUAAUGGGCAUUCUUGAAAUGCUCACGCACCUUUUGCUGCACACCAGCCUUCUCUCCCCUCAUCACACUGGCUCCAUCGUAAGCUUGCGCAAUGAGUUUGACUUUCUCGUCGUCUGCAAAAAGACCGUUCAGUCUCUCCAAAAGCACACUGGCGAUUGAGACUGAGGUUGAUUCCGAGAUGGGAAGGAACUCAAAAAAGCGCUCCUGCACUUUGUGGUUGCUAUCUAUGUACCUCAGCACAAGCACCAGCUGUGUCUGUGUAGAAACGUCCGUGGUCUCGUCAGCUUGGAUAGCUACGAAGUUCGCCGACUUCACCUCCUCCACAAUAUGUUCCCUCAUGACCGCUAGCAUACACUCCAGUAGCUCGUUUUGAAUGGUCUUUGAUGUGCCCUUGAAAACUUUAGCAUUUUUAAGAUGGUCAUCAAACACCUCAUCUAAUUGUGCCACAAAGUUGACAAGUCCAAGAAAAAUACCAGGGUUGGUGGAGCCCUCAGUUUCAUCUUUGCCUCGCAAAGCUAGCCAUCUUGACAGUGGUACGUGAAUUGAUUGACGCUGCUACCCGCUCUUUUCUUAGUUAUGUUCAUGGUUACUUAUGUUACGUAUGACGAAAGCGCGUAAGUGCAAGCCCUCCCGGAACCCAUAGAGAUUGUAUUGAAAGCUCUGAUAUUUGAAAAAAAAAAAGAUUUUACAUGAGAGUCUAUGAGAGACUUCUGGGGCGAUUUUCCACCUGACUGAAAUCGCCCCAAAAGGGGCGGGGCCAUUUGAAGCACGACUUUAGCCUGAUUGGACAUUUAGUGGCAGAUCAGACGUCUAGAUUAGAACACUGAUAACUACUGUUGCCGUGAUAUAAUUGAUUAGAAAAAAAAUCCCUUCCUUUUCCCGUUUGGCAGUGCGUCGCCCAUAUCGCCCUAAUGAACACACCGCCCCUGGUGAGAGGCCAAUAUAAUAUAAGGGGGAUCCACCUGCUUACGGCUGACAAAGUCAUAGAAGUGAAGGUGGAUACAAGUGAACAUGGCAGUCUCUUUCUGUUUAAAUCAGUUAGUGUUCCAGUUCCUAAGAAAAGUAAGCAAGACACUGUAUGCAUACCCAAUGACUGAGGAAACAACCAUCCUCAGGAAAUACAGACUGUUGCACUUGCAUACCAGUACUCCCAAAGGUCAUUUGGCUGAGACGUGAGUGGUAUUGGUCCUGUGUGGCUCAGUUGGUAAGAGCAUCAAACCAAAUUGUAUUUGUCACAUGCGCCGAAUACAACAGGUGUAAACCUUACCGUGAAAUGCUUACUUACAAGCCCUUAACCAACAAUGCAGUUUUAAGAAAAAUAAGAGUUAAGAAAAUAUUUACUAAAUAAACAAAAUGUAAAAAAUUAAAGACAAACAAUAAAAUAACAAUAAUGAGGCUCUAUACAGGGGGUAUGGUAAUAAUGCUAAGGUUUUGUUGGUUCAUGUCCCGCAUGGAUCAAAAAUACACAUACGAAAAAUGGAUGCAUUCACUGUACUGUAAGUCGCUUUGGAUCAAAUCGAUUCUUGCUGGGGCCACCAAUAUGAAAAUGUAUGCACUCACUGUUGUAAGUCUCUUAGGAUAAAAGCGUCUGCUAAAUGGUUAAUGGUAUAUAGUAAAUGUGUUUACAGGUUUCUAUGAGCUGAGUGAGGUCCUUUCUCCUGUGGGUCUCUCUGAUUCCACUGGGUUUGGAGUGCUCUCAUCCAGCGCUACCCGAGCCAUCCACAUGGACUACACUAACAACAGGCCCAAAUCAGCCGGUGAGUGACCACACACACACAGUUGUACAUUCUCACAUGCACGAACACACACGUGUCAUACAAAUGCAGUACAGUCAAUGUAGCCUACACACAUAAAGUGCAUUCUGAAAGUUUUCAGACCCCUUGACUUUUUCCACAUUUUGUUACGUUACAGCCUUAUUCUAAAAUGGAUGAUAUAAAAUAAAAUCUUCAUCAAUAUACACACAAUACCCCAUAAUGACAAAGUGAAAACAGGUUUUUAGAAAUAUUUGCAAAUGUAUAAAAAUAAAAAACAGAAUUAUUUACAUAAAUAUUCAGACACUUUGUUAUGAGACUUGAAAUAGAGCUCAGAUGCAUCCUGUUUCGAUUCAUCAUCCUUGAGAUAUUUCUACAACUUGAUUGGAGUCCACCUGUGGUAAAUUCAAUUGAUUGGAUAAGAUUUGGAAAGGCACACACCUGUCUAUAUAAGGUCCCACAGUUGACAGUGCAUGUCAGAGCAAAAAAACAAGCUUUGAGGUUGAAGGAAUUGUCCGUACAGCUCUGAGACAGAAUUGUGUCGAGGCAGAGAUCUGGGGAAGGGUAACCAAAAACAUUCUGCAACAUUGAAGGUCCCCAAGAACACAGUGGCCUCCACCAUUCUUAAAUAGAGCUUGCCGCCCGGCCAAACUGAGCAAUCGGGGAAGAAGGGCCUUGGUCAGGAAGGUGAUCAAGAACCCGUUGGUCACUCUGACAGUGCUUUUGAGUUCCUCUGUGGAGAUGGGAGAACCUUCCAGAAGGACAACCAUCUCUGCAGCACUCCACCAAUCAGGCCUUUAUGGUAGAGUGGCCAGAUGGAAGCCCCUCCUCAGUAAAAGGCAGAUGUAAGCCCGCUUGGAGUUUGCCAAAAGGCACCUAAAGACUCUCAGACCAUGAGAAACAAGAUUCUCUAGUCUGAUGAAACCAAGAUUGAACACUUUGGCCUGAAUGACAAGCGUCACGUCUGGAGGAAACCUGGCACCAUCCCUACGAUGAAGCAUUUUGGUGGCAGCAUCAUGCUGUGGGGAUGUUUUUCAGCGGCAGGGACUGGGAGACUAGUCAGGAUCGAGGGAAAGAGGAAUGGAUCAAAGUAAAGAGAUCCUUGAUGAAAACCUGCUCCAGAGCUCUCAGGACCUCCGACUGGGGUGAAGGUUCACCUUCCAACAGGACAACGACCCUAAGCACACAGCCAAGACAACGCAGGAGUGGCUUCGGGACAAGUCUUUUGAAUGUCCUUGAGUGGCCCAGCCAGAGCCCGGACUUGAACCCGAUCAAACAUCUCUGGAGAUACCAGAUAGCUGUGCAACAACGCUCCCCAUCCAACCUGACAGAGCUUGAGAGGAUCUGCAGAGAAGAAUGGGAGAAACUCCCCAAAUACAAGUGUGCCAAGAUUGUAGCGUCAUACCCAAGAACACUCGAGGCUGUAAUCACUGCCAAAAGUGCUUCAACAAAGUACUGAGUAAAAGGUCUAAUUACUUAAGUAAAUAUGAUAUUUCAGUUUUGUAUUUUUAAUACAUUUAAAAAAAUUCGGAAAACCUGUUUUUGCUUGAUUUUCCCUUAUGAAAAAUUUAUCAACCCCUACAAAAAUGUCCAUUAAUUAUAAUCCACAUAAUAAUUCACAUUUCCUGUUGCUGCAGGAUUAUUUUCCUGCUCUAGCAAACUGGCUCAAGUUAAGAUCCUACAUUAGUUAGUCACAGCUGCUCAGGAAAUGCAUUUAUCCAAUAUAAAGCAAUACCCAUUUAUACUCUUGGGUAUCUGUUUUACCAGGUCAGACUACGUGCCUACUUAAAUGUACUGUAUAUUAGUCCACAUAGACAGUGCAAGAUGCCAACAAUGAAGCCGACAGUGAUGCCAACAAGUCCCCCACAGAACAGCCGCCAACAGAAGCACAUUAGAGUCAGACGCCAUCAGACUCAGUUGUCGCUCCCAAAUAGCCCCAACCAUAACGACUUCUAGACGCGCGGCAAAACAAACACAAACCCAUUUCUUUCCAAUUGCAUUAAGGUGAAGGAAAUAUACUAAUGGGUUAUUUUUUAUUUGAGUUCCUCGCCGUAAAUGGCUUCCAGCUAUUAGAUUAGGAAGAUGUGCUCUUUAAAAUGUUUUAUUUGUAUAGGAUUGUAUUGUGCUUUUAGUUUUUUCUUGAGCGGCUGGUUGGGGGCCAGAACAUAAUUACAAAUAAUUUGCAAAUUGACCGCAAGAGUCGCAAACAGAUAUAAUAUUUGACUAAAACAAAAUCAUUUCAAACCUUGCUUACAUUUGUAUAUGAUCCCAUGUCCCUCUAUUAUGCAUGGGAAUACUUGGUAACAGAUUUCCAAAAUUAAAAUCACUUGGAGCUGAUUUCGAAAUGUUCCUCAAUGCUAGAAGGUGGGGCCUGAGUAAAAAAGCUUGGGAACCCCUGGUAAGAGAGCGGACUGCCUGUGCCCAGUGACAUAGAUAAAUGAGGGUACUGGAUGUUCUGGUGGAGGGGUGAAAGGAGAGACUGGUUGUUCAUGUUUUGAUGUGUAACUGCAUCAGUGGACUGUCCUGUGGUGAUUAUGCAGGGGCCUAGAUUAUAGUCAUGGGAUUAAGACAAGGCUGCUCUGUACAGAGAGCGAAAAAGACCCACUGUACCAUGUUAGAGACACACACACACUUACAGACUCUCUCUCACACACACACACACAGAUAGACUCUCACGUUAACACUCACACACACUCUCUAAUGUAAUGGCGCCGGAGGGGAUGGCUGCCGUUUUAUGGACUCUUAACCAACCGUGCUAUUUUGUGUGUUUUUUCGCAUUGUUUGUAACUUAUUUUGUAGUCUAAUGACCGAAAAGAGCUUCUGGACAUCAGAACAGCGAUCACUCACCUUGAACUGGAGAAAUAAUUUUUCUUUAAUGAGUCAGACAAGAGGGAUUUGCUCCAGACACCCGACAGGGCCCUCAUCCCCGUCAUUCGCAGUAGAAAGAAAAGGAGAUAUCGCGGAAGGAGAUCGGGGUGCCUGGUAAGUAGCCGGCAACGAGUGGCUAAUUGAUAAUAAAGUGGACGAACUACAAGCACGUAUAUCCUACCAACGGGACAUUCAAAACUGUAAUAUCUUAUGUUUCACAGAGUCGUGGCUGAACGAAGACAUUAAUAACAUACAGCUGGCGGGUUAUAAACUGUAUGGGCAGGAUAGAACAGCAGUCUCUGGUAAAACAAGGGGUGGCGGUCUACAAUGGUUUGCGAAAGUAUUCACCCCCCUUGGCAUUUUUCUUAUUUUGUUGCCUUACAACCUAGAAUUAAAAUGGAUUUUUUUGGGGGUUUGUAUCAUUUGAUUUACACAACAUGCCUAACACUUUGAAGAUGCAAAAUAUUUUUUGGGGUGAAACGAACAAGAAAUAAGACAAAAAAACAGAACUUGAGCGUGCAUAACUAUUCAUCCUCCCAAAGUCAAUACUUUGUAGAGCCACCUUUUGCAGCAAUUACAGCUGCAAGUCUCUUGGGGUAUGUCUCUAUAAGCUUGGCACAUCUAGCCACUGAGAUUUUUGCCCAUUCUUCAAGGCAAAACUGCUCCAGCUUCUUCUAGUUGGAUGGGUCCCACUGGUGUACAGCAAUCUUUAAGUCAUACCACAGAUUCUCAAUUGGAUUGAGGUCUGGGCUUUGACUAGGCCAUUCCAAGACAUUUAAAUUAUUCCCCUUAAACCACUUGAGUUUUGCUUUAGAAAUAUGCUUAGGGUCAUUGUCCUGCUGGAAGGUGAACCUCCGUCCCAGUCUCAAAUCUCUGGAAGACUGAAACAGGUUUCCCUCAAGAAUUUCCCUGUAUUUAGCGCCAUCCAUCAUUCCUUCAAUUCUGACCAGUUUCCCAGUCCCUGCCGAAGAAAAACAUCCCCACAGCAUGAUGCUGCCACCACCAUGCUUCACUGUGGGGAUGGUGUUCUCGGGGUGAUGAGAGGUGUUGGGUUUGCGCCAGACAUAGCGUUUUACUUGAUGGCCAGAAAGCUCAAUUUUAGUCUCAUCUGACCAGAGUACCUUCUUCCAUAAGUUUGGGGAGUCUCCCACAUGGCUUUUGGCGAACACCAAACGUGUUUGCUUAUUUUUUUCUUUAAGCAAUGGCUUUUUUCUGGCCACUCUUCCGUAAAGCCCAGCUCUGUGGAGUGUACGGCUUAAAGUGGUCCUAUGGACAGAUACUCUCCGCUGUGUAGCUUUGCAGCUCUUUCAGGGUUAUCUUUGGUCUCUUUGUUGCAUCUCUGAUUAAUGCCCUCCUUGCCUGGUCCGUGAGUUUUGGUGGGCAGACCUCUCUUGGCAGGUUUGUUGUGGUGCCAUAUUCUUACCAUUUUUUUAUAAUGGAUUUAAUGGUGCUCCGUGGGAUAUUCAACGUUUCUGAUAUUUUUUUAUAACCCAACCCUGAUCUGUACUUCUCCACAACUUUGUCCCUGACCUGUUUGGAGAGCUCCUUGGUCUUCAUGGUGCCGCUUGCUUGGUGGUGUUGCAAACUCUGGGGCCUUUCAGAACAGGUGUUUGAUCAUGUGACACUUAGAUUGCACACAGGUGGACGUUAUUUAACUAAUUAUGUGACUUCUGAAGGUAAUUGGUUGCACCAGAUCUUAUUUAGGGGCUUCAUAUGCAUGCACCACUUUUCCGUUAUUUCUUUCUUUGCAUUUUUUGAAACAAGGUAUAUUUUUCAUUUCACUACACCAAUUUGGACUAUUUUGUGUAUGUCCAUUACAUGAAAUCCAAAUAAAAAUCCAUUUAAAUUACAGGUUGUAAUGCAUCAAAAUAUGAAGACGCCAAGGGGGAUGAAUACUUUUGCACGAUAUCUAAGUAUCAAGGUUUUGCUCGCCUGAGGUAGAGUAUCUCAUGAUAAGAUGUAGACCACACUAUCUACCAAGAGAGUUUUCAUCUAUAUUCUUCGUAGCUGUCUAUUUACCACCACAAACCGAUGCUGGCACUAAGACCACACUCAAUGAACUGUAUACGGCCAUAAGCAAACAGGAAGACGUUCAUCCAGAGGUGGCGCUCCUAGUGGCCGGGGAGUUUAAUGCAGGAAAACUUCAAUCCAUUUGACCUAAUUUCUACCAGCAUGUUAAAUGUGCAACCAGAGGGGAAGAAACUCUAGACCACCUUUACUCCACACACAAAGCUCUCCCUCGCCCUCCAUUUGGCAAAUCUGUUCAUAAUUCUAUCCUCCUGAUUCCUGCAAGCAAAAACUAAAGCAGGAAGGACCAGUGACUCGGUCAAUAAAAAAGUGGUCAGAUGAAGCAGAAGCUACAGGACUGUUUUGCUAGCACAGGCUGGAAUAUGUUCCGGGAUUCUUCCGAUGGCAUUGAGGAGUACACCACAUCAGUCACUGGCUUCAUCAAUAAGUGCAUCGAUGACGUCGUCCCCACAGUGACUGUACGUACAUACCCCAACCAGAAGCCAUGGAUUACAGGCAACAUCUGCACUGAGCUAAAGGGUAGAGCUGCCGCUUUCAAGGAGCGGGACUCUAACCCGGAAGCUUAUAAGAAAUCCCGCUAUGCCCUCCGACGAACCAUCAAACAGGCAAAGCGUCAAUACAGGACUAAGAUCGAAUCGUGCUACACCGUUUCCGACGCUCGUCGGAUGUUGCAGGGCUUGCAAACUAUUACAGACUACAAAGGGAAGCACAGCCGCGAGCUGCCCAGUGACACGAGCCUACCAGAUGAGCUAAAUUACUUCUAUGCUCGCUUCGAGGCAAGUAACACUGAAACAUGCAUGAGAGCAUCAGCUGUUCCGGACGACUGUGUGAUCACGCUCUCCGUAGCCGAUGUGAGUAAGACCUUUAAACAGGUCAACAUUCACAAGGCCGCAGGGCCAGACGGAUUAUCAGGACGUGUACUCCGAGCAUGCGCUGACCAACUGGCAAGUUUCUUCACUGAUAUUUUCAACAUGUCCCUGACUGAGUCUGUAAUACCAACAUGUUUCAAGCAGACCACCAUAGUCCCUGUGCCCAAGAACACUAAGGUAACCUGCCUAAAUUACUACCGACCCGUAGCACUCAUGUCUGUAGCCAUGAAGUGCUUUGAAAGGCUGGUCAUGGCUCACAUCAACACCAUUAUCCCAGAAACCCUAGACCCACUCCAAUUUGCAUACCGCCCCAACAGAUCCACAGAUGAUGCAAUCUCUAUUGCGCUCCACACUGCCCUUUCACACCUGGACAAAAGGAACACCUAUGUAAGAAUGCUAUUCAUUGACUACAGCUCAGCGUUCAAUACCAUAGUGCCCUCAAAGCUCAUCACUAAGCUAAGGACCCUGGGACUAAACACCUCCCUCUGCAACUGGAUCCUGGACUUCCUGACGGGCCUCCCCAGGUGGAAAGGGUAGGUAACAACACAUCUGCCACGCUGAUCCUCAACACGGGGGCCCCUCAGGGGUGCGUGCUUAGUCCCCUCCUGUACACCCUGUUCAACCAUGACUGCAUGGCCAGGCACGACUCCAACACCAUCAUUAAGUUUGCCAAUGUCACAACAGUCCGACUGAUCACCGACAACGACGAGACAGCCCAUAGGGAGGAGGUCAGAGACCUGGUCAUGUGGUGCCAGGACAACAACCUCUCCCUCAACGUGAUCAAGACAAAGGAGAUGAUUGUGGACUACAGGAAAAAGGACCGAGCACGCCCCCAUUCUCAUCGACGUUGCUGUAGUGGAGCAGGUUGAGAGCUUCAAGUUCCUUGGUGUCCACAUCACCAACAAACUAACAUGGUCCAAGCACACUAAGACAGUCAUGAAGAGGGCACGACAAAACCUAUUCCCCCUCAGGAGACGGAAAAGAUUUGGCUGCACCAUCUAGAGCAUCCUGACUGGUUUCAUCACUGCCACAGCAUCCUACUGCAAGGCACUACAGAGAGUAGUGCGUUCGGCCCAGUACAUCACUGGGGCCAAGGUUUUGCCAUCCAGGACCUCUAUACCAGGCGGUGUCAGAGGAAGGCCCUAAAAAUUGUCAAAGACUCCAGCCACCCUAGUCAUAGUAUGUUCUCUCUGCUACCGCACGGCAAGCGGUACCAGAGUGCCAAGUCUAGGUCCAAGAGGCUUCUAAACAGCUUCUACUCCCAAGCCAUAAGACUCCUGAACAUCUAAUCAAAUGGCUACCCGGACUAUUUGCAUUGCCUUGAAUUCUAAAUAAAUCACAGACAGUGUCACCAGCAAAGCACCACCACACCAUAACACCACCUCCUCUAUGCUUUACGGUGGGAACUACACAUGCAGAGAUCAUCCGUUCACCCACACCGCGUCUCACAAAGACACGGUGGUUGGAACCAAAAAUCUCAAAUUUGGACUCCAGACCAAAGGACACAUUUCCACGAGUCUAAUGUACAUUGCUUGUGUUUCUUGGCCCAAGCAAGUCUCUUCUUCUUCUGUAUGUCCUUAAGUAGUAGUUUCUUUGGAGCAAUUUGACCAUGAAGGCCUGAUUCACACAGUCUCCUCUGAACAGUUGAUGUUGAGAUGUGUCUGUUACUUGAACUCUGUGAAGCAUUUAUUUGGGCUGCAAUUUCUGAGGCUGGUAACUCUAAUGAACUUAUCCUCUGCAGCAGAGGUAACUCUGGGUCUUCCUUUCCUGUGGCGGUCCUCAUGAGAGCCAGUUUCAUCAUAGCGCUUGAUGGUUUUUGCAACUGCACUUGAAGAAACUUUCAAAGUUCUUGAUGUUCCGUAUGUUCCGUAUGUCUUAAAGUAAUGAUGGUCUGUCGUUUCUCUUUGCUUAUUUGAGCUGUUCUUGCCAUAAUAUGGACUUAGCCCUAUUUGGUAAAAUACUAUCUUCUGUAUCCCCCCUACCUUGUCACAACACAACUAAUUGGCUCAAAUGCAUUAAGAAAGAAAGAAAUUCCACAAAUUAACUUUUAAGAAGGCACACUUGUUAAUUGAAAUUCCAGGUGUACCUCAUGAAGCUGGUUGAGAGAAUGCCAAUAGUGUGCAAAGCUGUCAUUAAGGCAAAGGGUGGCUAUUUGAAGAAUCACAAAUAUAAAAUAUAUUUUGAUUUGUUUAACACUUUUUUGGUUACUACAUGAUUCCAUAUGUGAUUCAUAUUUAAUUUUAUUCUACAAUAUAGAAAAAGUAGUGCACUAUGUAGGGAAUAGGGUGCCUUUUGGAAUAGAGCCUGUGUUGUGUCUGUAACCGCCUGGAUACAAUAAACAGUGUCUGGUGUUUCUGCAGCUGUAUAUUGGACUCACAGCUAGGGCUACGUCCCUGGUGUAUGUUUGCUCAUUCACAUGAGUGGGUUUGUAUACCUACUUCCCACAACGUACUCCUUUUCAAGGAUAGUUUGUCAGCAAUGCCUCACAAUGCUGUAAGUGCUACUCCAGGCAAGUGGCUAGUGAUUAGAGAUGGCAUUUCUUCAGAAGCGCCCAUUUGAGCAGUGGUCUAAUUUCAUCUGGGAUAAAGUCUCAGUUGUGGAUAUAAACAUUUGUUUACCUGCAGGGUUACAAUAACAUUUUUGAGGGUUUAGGUGGGUCAGGAGUCAGGGCACAAAAUGGGGGAACCACUCUCUUAGGCCAAGACCAAAUGAGCAAAAAACUAUUGGUUGAGAUGAGUGGGAGCGUGGUUACCCCAUUUUGUGUCCUGACACACUCCAACAUCCAUUAGUCUGUUGGUCCCUCGAGUAUACGGCAUAUUGCAGUUUCACUUUAAAUGUGUAGCUAUAGCACUUUGAUUUAAUUGUAUUGGGUAUUUUCUGGGUUUUCAUGUUUUUUUGCCGUCUUUUUAAGCACAUGACCAAAUGAAUUUCCCCCGGUGGGAUAAGAAAGUUGAUCUGAAUGACAAAAUCUCACUGUAGAUGCAGCAUUAGCCUAUAUCUGUGGGGUCUCUUGCCACUGUCUAAAAAUCUAGGAUUCUCCUCUGCUUUGUCUGAUUAUAACCGUGUUAUUGGUUCUGUUUUCCAGGGGAAUUCUUCGUGGCGAAUCGGGACGGACAGCCAGAAUCCGGGUCCUGCCCCACAGUCCCCCGCUCCUUCUCGGCCCCCUACCCCUCCCUGGAAGGCAUCGCCGAGGGGGCCGGUGAGGGGGAAGACGAGGCCUGGCCCUGGGACCCCAGCGAGGGGCCAGGAGGAGUGCAGGAUGUGGGGGGAGAGCCCGUGGAGGGGGAGCCCACGGAAGAGGACUAUCGCCAGGCCCAGCGUGUUGAGACAUAUAUCCUGGGCCUGAUCCAGCGGCGCGCCCUGCCCCCUCGACCCUGCAAGCCCCGCACCGCCAUCACUGUGGCCCGCCAGAGCAGCCUCUGCCGCAAGGAGCCCCAGCCUCCACCAGCCGCUGCCUCCAUCCCUGAGCACCACCCUCACCACCACCACCACCACCACCACCACCAAGCCACUGGUCCCCCUCCCUCUGAGGGUCCCCCUCCUUCCUGGGCCUGCCACAGCCUGGACCAGGAGCUGUACGCGAGCAUUGCCUUGCUCCCUGAGGACCCCCCUCUCCACCACCAUCACCACCACCCUCACCCUCACUACCCCCAACACAGGCCCAAACAGCCCCCCCUGGCCAACACCCGCUCUGCUUCCCUGGACUACCCCUGCAGUGUAGCUCCAUCCCAGGACCCAAGCAGCAACGAACCCGACUCACCCCAUCACUUCCACCACGGCUACCUGGCCCCUCCCCUGCCCCGCUCGCCUCCCUCGCCUGACGAGCAGCUGGUCAACGCCCAGUACAUCCCCGCCCAACCUCUCCGGGCCCCCACUGCCAGGGCCUCCGCACACUCCCACUCCCACAGGGGGGCCCUUGGGGGCCCCAAACCCAGCCGGGGCACCUAUUCUCCAGAGAGGGGUUCCCAACAACAGCUGGCCCCACAGCAGCUGCAGCAAGCCAAGUCUAAGGCCGCCCCCAAGAAGUGUCGCUUUAGCGAGGAGAAGGAGAAGGAGAGGGAGAAGGAGAGAGAGAAAGACAGGGAGAGAGAGAAGGAGAAAGACAGGGAGAGAGAGCGGGAGCGGCCAGGAGGCUCCAAGAAGCCUGGAAGACGAGCCUGCAGGUCCCAGUCUGAGAACAGCCUCAAUGGGCAACGGGGCGUCCCUGAACGCAAGUACAACACAGUGGAGAGAGACGGGGGAGGAUCAGGGUCAGGGAGCGGCCGCGGUAGCCAGUCCAAGGGGAAGAGGCCCCAGCCGGGCAGUGCAGGCUACCGCCGCUGGCGCUCCACUCUUGAGCUCAGCCAGGACGAAGCUGAGCAGCCUCCACCGGCUGACCAGGGCUCCAGGCGCACUCGCAAACCCCGGCCGCCUCCCCCACCUUAUGCCUACGUUAACCCCCACCCCCAUCAUCACUCCCAUCUGGAGUACCUGGACAGGGAGCACGCACCCCUGUGUCGGCCCGAGGAGCGCUAUCCCCACCCGGGGCAAGGCGAGUCCGAGUCGAGCCUGAGUGAAGCCGACUCGCCGGCCUCCAGCUCGCUGUCAAGCGACUCAGAUGAGAGCGGGGGUCUGGUGUGGCCCCAACAGCUCCCCCCUCAGCUCUCCUCCCCCCCGUUGGCCCCCGCUCCGGCAGGGGCCCCCCUGCAGCCCAAAGCCUUCAUCAAGAUCAAGGCCUCACACGCGCUCAAGAAGAAGAUCCUGCGCUUCCGCACGGGCUCCCUCAAAGUCAUGACCACCGUUUAG